UUGAGUUCGGGACUGCAGCGCCCGUCGCUCCGCUGGUAUUCCAGGAAUGUGUUGAUCAUGGCGGCCGCAGUGAAGCCCGUGAGGAGCGGAUUGCUGGAGCUCCGCGUUACCGUUCACCACUGGAUCCGCGUGCUUGCCACUCUCAGCGAGGACUCGUUCACCGUGAGUCCCGGAGAAACCGGCGAUGAGACCGGGAACAGCUGCUCGCCCGCGCCCGGAGCUGUUAACGGGGAUCCGGCGAACCUCAGCGCCUCCCCGGUACCGGACACCAUCACCAACGUCAAGCGAACCGUCAGAGUCACCAAACAAGAGGUCGGAGGACUCGGAAUAAGUAUUAAGGGGGGUAAAGAGAAUAAGAUGCCCAUCCUGAUCUCAAAGAUCUUCAAAGGGCUGGCAGCGGACCAGACGGAGGCUCUUUACGUGGGCGAUGCGAUUUUGUCCGUGAACGGGAACGACCUCAGAGAAGCCACUCACGAUGAGGCUGUACAGGCCCUGAAGAAAACAGGCAAAGAAGUCAUUCUGGAAGUGAAGUACAUUAAGGAGAUGUCAGCGUUUUUUAAGGGUGGCUCGACGUCGGGACCCCCAGUGCUGGAUUCUCCUCCGUCCACCCCACAGAAGCAGUCGGACCCCGCGCUGAAAGAGACCCGGAGCCUCCCUCUCCGAAUGUGCCAUGUGACCCGCAAACAGUGUCCGCCUGACACAGAGGACCGGUACUUCGAGGUGGUGUCGUCCGACAGAAAGCAGUCCGUGUUCCUGCGGGCGAAGGAUCAGGCGAUGGCUCAGGCCUGGUAUAACGCCAUCCAGACCGGCAGUGCAGCUUUACUGAGCAGAGCCAAAGAGGAGCUGAGAACCCUGCAGCCCAGCCUCGACGUCAGGCACAUCGGCUGGAUCAUUGAGCAGGGUUCAGAGAGGCCGAUACUGGCGCUGUUGACGGACAGAGAUCUACUGCUGUACACAUCUCUACCUGACAGCAAAGAGACUCUCAGCAGCCCAGACAAGAGCUAUCCGUUAAUUACCACCAGGCUGGUUCACUCUGGCCCGGGGAAGAGCUCGUCAGUGCACGACUCUGAGCUGACGUUCGGUCUGCGUUUGGGCACGAAGCAGGGGGUGGAGACGCACCUGUUCCGAGUGGACACUGCCAAAGACCUGUCCACCUGGACACACCUGCUGGUGGAGGGCUCCCACGGGGCCGCCGAGCUCGUGCAGGAGGUCACCACAGCGUGCAGCUGGAACGGGAAGCCGUGUUUGCUGAGCGUUCACAUAGACAAAGGCUUCUCGCUGUUCACGGAGGAGGCCGGCGUCAGGAAGAACGUUCUCCUCCAGCAGCCGUUCGAGCGUCUGCGCAUGUCCUCGGACGACGGCGUACGCAUGAUGUUCCUCGACUUCGGAGGCCCAGAAGCCGAGAUCCAACUGGACCUUCACUCCUGCCCUAAAACCAUCGUCUUCAUCAUUCACUCUUUCCUGUCAGCCAAGGUCAAGCGACUAGGGCUGUUGGCGUAGCGGUGGACCACUGGACAUCACACCAAAACUUCCAUCACAGACUGUCACAGACGGCCCAAACCGAAAGCCAUUCAGUGAUGACUUCUUCCCAGCUCUGUCCUUCAUAUUCUUUCUCAUUCUAUUGGUUUGUAUCUCGGCUAGACUUUAUGGAUGUUUAAAAACAUAAUCGCAUUAAUCGUAUGUUUUAAGAGCGGCGACAGAAACAAGACGAGAUAUUAAACUCUGUUCUGGAACCCAGUGAGUCCACAUAGGAACUGAUAUGAGAGUGUUCUUCAUGUGAACAUUGUGUUUUGACAUUGACAUGUUGCUAACAUAAAGCAAUAGCAAUAAGCAUACAUAUAAAUAUAAAACAGUCCAUUGUAAAUCAAAUAAAUAAUUUGAAUGAUUAUAAUUACAGGUGAGAAAAUUUGAAUAUGGUGCAAAAGUUCAUUUAUUUCAAUAAUUCAACUUAAAAGGUAAAACUAAAGGAGUAGUUCACUUAA